AUUCAAAUCGGUUCGCUCGGUUAAUGAAAGUUGUGUACUGUUUGAGUGCUGUCGUUCGGAAAAAUUUCGCAAAAUUUCCAAUAAUGAAACCCGAAACCAAACCCGUGCUCCGUUUUGCCAAGCUGUCGGAUCAGGCCUUUGCGCCUUCCAAGGGUUCCGAAAAAGCUGCCGGAUUCGAUCUUAAGAGCGCCUACGAGUACACGGUUCCGGCUCGCGGCAAGCAGCUGGUAAUGACGGACAUCCAGGUGCAGCUUCCGGAGGGAUGCUAUGGUCGGGUGGCUCCACGUUCUGGACUGGCCGUCAAAAACUUCAUCGAUGUUGGUGCGGGUGUCGUCGAUGAGGAUUAUCGGGGCAACCUGGGAGUAGUUCUGUUCAAUCAUUCCGACGUGGAGUUCAAAGUAGCCCGGGGCGACCGAAUUGCGCAGUUCAUUUGCGAGCGGAUUUUCUACCCGGAACUGGUCGAGGAAACGAGCUUGAGCGAAACCGAGCGAGGCUCCGGAGGUUUCGGAUCUACGGGAACCCAGUGAUAAAACCAGAUUUUUAAUCUGCUCCUUGGAUUAAUGUUAUUUUAAGUUUUAAGAUAUAUCUGUUAAGCUUAUGAAGUAAUAAACUGUAAUUCAACUAAA